CCUUUUAGGACACUUCUCUCUGCAGAGGGGAGCUUUUACAGGACGCAGUGGUCAGCCAGGAUUCCUCUGAUGCCUGUGCACCGUGCAGGCUUUCAGAAAGAGCAUGUGAUGUUUGGUCAAGUCUCUUUGUCUGUGCACAAUCCUGUCUCUCUUUCUUAGACUGACACUUAUGCACCACAUUGGUUUCUCUAUGUUAAAUGUUCCGUGUGAUUUUAAGGGUCAUUCAGAGCGCUUUAAAACACAUUUAUUUCUUCUUCUAUGAGGAAAUUCCUGUAAAGUUUUCUCCAAGGCAACCGAGGACCAUGUGCAGAACAUUUCCGCCCACUGACAUAACAGACGCACGUCAGACAGGGGUCCUUACACCGGAGAGGAAUUGCUGGCAUGAGGGAGACGAGAGAAGUCAUUUUGAAUUAGAUUUUUUUAUUGAGGUAUGAUUUACCAGCCGCAAUGUAAAACCAUGCAAAUGCUUUCCACUCGGCCGGGCCAAAGACAGCGUCACAACGCAACCAAUUUAUCUGCCACACUCCCUGACCCUCUUCCUCCUUCCUGUGCACCUCGGGCAUUAUGGGAGCGGACAGUUUAAAAACAGAGGUAUUUACGACUCAGCACUCGCCUCUAGAGUUCCUGGAGCUUUGCACUGGCAGUGUGACACCGCCGGGUUAAAAAUAGACAGGGUUUUGGUUGGCUAUCUGGCUAUUUUGUGUCAGGACCCGUGUGUCUGUCUGGACACCUGCCUGUCUAUCUGCCUGCCUGUCUGACUCGCAGGACUGGUUAUUGCAGAAAGUGGCACUUGUUGGAUAUCACGUCACUGAUGAAUGUGGACUCUGUAUCUGACAGUGUUGAUGUGAUUCUGGCCGUUUUUCUUAUCCAUUACUUGAAAUAACAAACUAUUUUUCAUUAUUAACUUCCAAUUAUUUAAUUUUAAUUGUAAAUUACUCAAAAAGUGCAACAUUUGAAUGAUUUGACUGCCCUUGAGGGCUCAAUAUAAAAUGUGAGGUUUAAAUUCAAAUGAAUCUGUCUCCAUCUACUGGUGGGGAGGAGAAAAGGAGUCGUCAGCCACAGGUGAAAAUGAUGAAGCAGUGAUGAUGAGGAGGGAGGAGCCAACAGGCAGUGUGUCCAUAAACCUGAAGCUCAUUUCUGGUUUUUGAAGUCAAGACAAACCUCAGACAUGUCGGAGAGAUAUUUUGACCACAAAGGGAAUCGCAUCCAAUCAGGUCGACAGCUCCAGAGGACUCCCCCUCCUCACGUGGACGUAGUAAGACACUUGAAUUUCUGUAUUGAGGACGAUGAAGAUCAGGUGGAGCCACAGCAGAACCUGGAGGCAGGGAGCAGAGAGCAAAGUCACCCUGACGAGAAGGGGAUGUUUGUUUUCAACUGCCCUGAGACAAGAACAGAAACCUCCCCAGAGCCCUUGUACCCUGACUCCAUGCUGAGAGGGAUGAAGGGGUAUCAGCCGCUACCGGGCGACUUGGAGUUCCUCAAAAAGAUGAAAGAAGAGAAACUUAUUGGAAAACUGCAGGGAGACCUGGAAGAGGUGCAGAGGGCAUUGAAAAAGGAAAUGGCGGCCCUGAAACAGGCGUGUGCUACCUGGGACGUAGCACAUGCUGAACUCAACAAGUUCCCGUCCUGUGAAGAGCUCGCUGAGUGGGUGACGGUGGUCCUCCAAAUGACAUCGCCAACCCUCGACCUGACAGACCUCGAUGCCAAGUCUCUCCUGGCCCUGGUAACGGAGAAAAACGUCCUGAAAGCCACGGACGAGAAGAGAGUCGAACUCGCUUGUCUGGAGAAGAUGGUGGAGGACAAGAGAAAGGAAGAAGCUAAAGACAGAGGACAGCUUGAAAAACGAAUUGCAUCCGAACAGCUGAAGAUUCACGGAAUGAUGAGCCAGGUAUCUGACCUGACGCGUGAACUUGCACAAGAAGAGGAGGCCUACAAAGUUCUUCAGAUGCAGAUCAAGACCCACAGAGAAAUCAAAGAGGAAGAAGCAGCGGAAACGACCUCUGGGGAACUUCGAGGGAGAAAUCGCAGACAGGAAAGAAAAAAGGAGAAGUUGCAAGACCCAACAAACCAAAGCAAAUCAACAAGGAGCAAACGUACAGAAAAUCAGGCCACUUUGAAAGAGGAUCGUGCGAGUAAGAGCACAAAUGAAACUCCAUCAGCAACCAAGCAGACAAAACAGAAGUCUGAAGACAAGUCUGUCAAAGCCGCCAAAGGUCCACAGAAGAAAGUCGAGGAGCAGGAAGUGCCUGUUCAAGCCGUGCGAGGGAGGAGAAAAGCUCCUGCUGCCGCACAGGCCGCGGCUCCAGCACCGAAGAAUCAAAGUAAAGUGAAACCCGUGGAGGCCCGGUCCGCGUCGCGGCCGGCCGCUCCGUCACGCAGCAGGAGGAAAGCUGCCGCGGCGCCUCCUGGUGCUGGAGAGGAGGCACAGAACGCUGGUCUGAGGAGAUCGAAGAGGAUAGCGAGCAGGAGCUGAAGGUCGUGAAAUAUCACAAAUGCUCGUGGAUAAUUCUUCACAACUCCGAUGAUCCCGUGACUCAUCCUUUAUUUAAGUAUUUUGUAUACCAUCGGUUUAACUUUAAAUUUAUCCAGCACUUUGCUUUAUGAGAGAAUACUCUACUUAAAUGUAGACUUCAGUCUAAUAAUUGUUUGUAUUUUUUAGGAACCUAUUGGCUUUUUCACUGUGCACAAUAAAGUAAUGGUAAGCAUC